AUUAUUUCAGGCCUAUAAAAAGCGUGAAAUGAGUGCUUUCUCCACCACAAUAGUCUGAGACCCCCAACAUGAAGGUGUUUUUUGUUCUUGCCGCCUUACUGGCAGCAGUGAGUGCCCUGCCCAUUGAGGAGCGCGUCAAUGGAGAGAAUGGCUGGUUCAUCCCCAAGCUUGAUGGAAGCUUCGAGUGGAUGGACAUGCAGGAUGCCGAGGAUCUGAUGGCCAACGGAGCCCAGAUGGAGGGCCGCAUCAGCACCAACGCCGUGAACUUCUACCUCUACACCAAGUCGAACCCCACCGAUGGCAAGGAGAUCAAGGCCAAGUCCGGCUCCGUCGAGGAUUCCCACUUCAACAAGGAUCAUGGCACCCGCUUCGUCAUCCACGGCUGGACCCAGAGGUACUCCGACGACAUGAACACCCGCAUCACCAAGGCCUGGUUGUCCAAGGGCGACUACAACGUGAUCGUCGUUGACUGGGCCCGUGCCCGUUCCGUAGACUACGCCUCUUCCGUCCUGGCUGUUCCUGGAGCCGGUGGCAAGGUUGGUGAGAUGAUCAAGUACCUGCACGACCACCACGGCUUGGACUACGACAGCCUUGAGGUGAUCGGCCACAGCCUGGGAGCCCAUGUUGCUGGAUACGCCGGAAAGACCGUCGGAGACCAGCGUGUCCACACCAUUGUGGGUCUGGAUCCUGCCCUGCCUCUCUUCAGCUACGAUAAGCCCGCUAAGCGUCUGUCCACCGAUGAUGCCCACUACGUAGAGUCUAUCCAGACCAACGGCGGCAAACUGGGAUUCCUGAAGCCCAUCGGCAAGGGUGCCUUCUACCCCAACGGAGGCAAGAGCCAGCCCGGAUGCGGACUGGACGCCACCGGAUCCUGCUCCCACGGACGCUCCGUCCUCUACUACGCCGAGGCCGUUACCGAGGACAACUUUGGAUCCAUUAAGUGCCACGACUACGAGGAUGCCGUUGCCAAGAAGUGCGGAAGCACCUACUCCAGCGUUCGCAUGGGAGCCAUUACCAACGCCUACAUGGUCGAUGGUGACUUCUAUGUCCCCGUGAACAGCGAGGCACCCUUCGGCAAGAUCGAGUAGAACCAUGUUGUCUGAAUAAAAUACAUUACUGAAUACUCCAAAAA